ACAUCAAAGAAACAUACUUUGUUUUUUAAUAUUUAAUAUUUCUAAUUUUCUCAAUGUAAAAAAAAAUAGUAAAAAUGUAAUGUUUGCAUUAUAAAUUCAGUCUUCCUAAAUAACAAAAGCAGGUUUAAAUUGAACACUAUAAAGUGUAACGGUGGAAGAACCACAGUCUCAGGAAGAUCAUUAACGUUAUGCCAAUGAAGAGUUGAGUUUAGAAAAAUUAGUUGGUUAUAAUGAAUAUAAUUUUGAUAUUUUACACUUUAAAUGGUUUAAUCUCUGGAUUAAGGCUUUAAAAACUCAACUAAAUAUAAAUGACUCUGCAUGCAGCAUUAUCCCCUGAAAAUCUUCUCUUUGAAAAGUUAUCCAGAGGUGUAAAUACAAACACUGGAUGAGUUUGGAUCAUCUUGAAGAUGUUUUUCUUAUUUUUAUUACAACAAACAACAAAAAUAAUGAACUCAGCUGUGUACCUCCCACUCUCCUCAACAUAUUUACAUUUUCUCCUCCCUGACCAACAGUCCGGCAUCACCAAGGCAGUUGGGUAUUUAAGCCUGGUACAUCCUGAAACUAACAGAAUGAAAAUGGUGUUAAAUUAUUCUAGCAUGAGCCUCAUAUUGUUACUUGUUCUGACAUUUGUUCUAACUGCUGCUGCUGUUGUGGACAACAGCAGCAGCAGCAGCAAAGGUUCUCAAACUCACAGGCUGCUCAUUGCCUUCCAGGCUCCCUGGAACGUGUCCUUUCCCUUCAGUGCUCGUCGGCUGGGCUCGGCCAUCCAGAUAGCCGUGGAGAAGGUGAACAACAACCCCUCCUUCCUGGGAAACUACAGUCUGGAUUUUGUUUACAAGGAUACAGACUGUAAUCCUAAAGAGUCCCUGGGAGGAUUCAUCCACCAGGUGUGGAGAGAGAACGUGACGGCUCUCUUUGGUCCAGCAUGUCCAGAAGAAGCUGAGGUCACAGGUCUGAUUGCAUCAACGUGGCACAUCCCCAUGUUCGGCUUUGUGGGUCAGUCCUCCAAACUGGAAGAUGAGGAGAUGUAUGACUCCUACAUCAAAAUCAUGCCUCCUUUCAAAAGAAGCUCCGAGGUCCUGGUGAAAACGUUGGAGUUCUUUGGGUGGAGUCACGUGGCCAUGAUUGGAGGGGGAUUAGAGACAAACACCUGGGACAAAGUUGAUGCUUUGUGGAAGACAGUGGAGAAUCCAUUGAGAACUAAGUUCAAACUGGCUGCUGAGGUGAAGUUUGACACCAGCAAUCCUGAGCUCAUGUACCAAAAUGUAAAGUACAUCUCAACUGUCGCCAGAGUUAUUGUGGUGUUGAGCAACAGAGAGGACUCUAUGGCUCUGCUGCUGGAGGCUGAACGUCAGGGUCUGAUGAAUGGCGACUACGUCUUCUUCCUGGUGCAGCAUUUUGAGGAUAACUUGUGGAAAGAAACCAUGAGCAGCAGAAUAAAGCAGGCUGCCACUCGAGCUUUUGACAUGGUUUUUAUUAUUGGCCAAAAAUCCUACGAAGGAUCCUAUGAGUAUUAUGACUUCUUCAAGCAAGUUUUUCAAAGGCUAAAAGGACAUCCAUUCUGGACUAACCUGACAUCGGAAAGUGAGGUUAGCCCCUACUCUGCCUUCCUGCAUGACGCUGUGCUUUUGUAUGCAAUGGCACUAAAGGACGUUCUGAAAGAUGGAGAUGAUCCAUACGACGGUCGACACAUUCUACAAAAGCUGAAGACCACAGACAAAAUUCGAUUUGAUGGUGCUUCUGGAUUAGUUCACUUUGACACAGAUGGGGAGAGAAAUGUGGACUAUUCAAUUUAUGACCUGCAAUUUGUUGGAAAUGGCAUCAAGUUUGUGCCUAUCCUCCACUUUGAAAGCCAAACCAAAAUCAUCAGACCAACGUCAAUGUAUGCUUCUGUGGUAUGGCCCAAAGGAAAGCCACCCUCUGACAUACCCGAAUGUGGUUUUAGUGGCGAACUCUGUGAAUGGCUGUCUAGUGAAGUCGCCUUGCUGGCUGUGCUAGUGACCUUUCCCAUGAUUGGUGUGGUGGCAGUGUUGUGGAUUGGCGUUCUAAUGCUGCAGAAGUUUCGGCUCCAGAUGAGGCUGGAUGACUCCAACUGGUGGAUAAUCAACUACAGCGAAAUCACCAUCAUCAGGGAGCCCUCAGGAAACCAUUGUUCAUCUCUUGGCUCCACAGGAAGUCGUAGUGCCAGUAGCUGUCAGAGCCAUUUUUCUAGCAACAGCUAUGACCUGAGGGACAAGACAGGCAAAGAAAACAUCUAUACUACCAUAGGUCUAUAUCAGGGAAAUCAUGUGGCCAUCAAGUAUGUCAAGAACCCUGCAAGCUGUAACUUCCAGAAACCUUCAAUCAUCGCAGAGUUCAAUAUGAUGAAAGAGAUGAAACAUGAGAACUUGGUUCAGUUCUUUGGGGUUUGCGUUGAACCACCAAACAUCUGCAUGGUCAUCCAGUACUGCAAGAAAGGCAGUCUGAAGGAUGUCCUGAGGGCUUCAGAUGUAGAUCUCGAGUGGAUGUUUAAGUUGUCAUUUGCAUACGACAUUGUCAACGGAAUGGACUUUAUUCACAACAGCGCUCUUAAAUUUCAUGGAAACCUGAAGCCGAGCACAUGUUUGGUGGACAGCCGGCUCCAAAUCAAGCUCUCUGGUUUUGGACUUUGGGAGUUUAAAUACCAGGAAAAAACAAACCUCAGUCUAAUGGAAAACCCUGAUUAUGAAGAUUUGUACUGGACGGCCCCAGAACUUCUGAGACAGGUUGAGCUUCCAUCUAAUGGUACACCUAAAGGGGACAUCUACAGCUUUGCCAUCAUCAUGUGGGAACUCAUGUAUAACUCUAAAGCUGGCCCAUAUCAAGACAUCAACCUAGACCCUAAAGAGAUUAUAAUGCAGCUGAGGACACCUUUCCAAGGGGAACCUCUGCGGCCGAUGCUGUCUGACCAUCUCUGUGAGGAGAAGGUCAAUGCUCUGCUGAAAGCCUGCUGGAGUGAAAACCCAGACCACCGACCACCCUUUGGUUCUAUACGAAGGCGACUGAAGGACAUCAGUCCAGAGAGCCAUGUGAAUAUCCUGGAUAAUAUGGUGGACAAGUUGGAGAAGUAUGCAAAUCACCUUGAAGAAGUUGUGGACGAAAGGACCAAUCAGCUCACGGUGGAGAAAGCCCGAGCAGACAAGCUGCUCUCCAGCAUGUUACCAAAGUACAUCGCAGAUCAGCUGAUGUCGGGAAAGUCAGUAGAGCCACAAAGUUAUGAAAUGGUGACGAUCUUCUUCUCAGACAUUGUGGGCUUCACCUCCAUGUGCUCCGUCAGCUCUGCAAUGGAGGUGGUUACAUUCCUCAAUGACCUCUACAGCCUGUUUGACGACAUCAUAAAGAUGUACGACGUCUACAAAGUGGAAACUAUUGGUGAUGCCUACAUGGUGGCAAGUGGCCUGCCUAUCAGCAAUGGAAACCAGCAUGCUUUAGAGAUAUCUAUCAUGGCUCUACAUUUCCUUGGUGCUAUUAAAUUAUUCAAAAUCCCUCACAUGCCGAAGGAGAGCCUCGCAAUUCGCAUCGGCAUCCACUCAGGUCCAGUGGUUGCUGGAGUGGUGGGAACCACCAUGCCCCGCUACUGCCUCUUUGGUGACACAGUCAACACAGCCUCUCGCAUGGAAAGUAACAGCUUACCCCUGAAGAUUCACAUAUCCCAGUCCACGGCUGAUAUUCUUGUCCAGGAAGGAUCGUUUGAGCUGGAGGAAAGAGGUGAAAUUGAAAUGAAGGGUAAAGGGUUGCAGAAGACAUACUGGCUGUUGGACAAAAAGGGAUUUUGUCCUGCUCCUGUUGUCCACAACUCACCAAAAUCUGACUGUUUUAAAGUACAGACAGAGAAACUAGCGCUGAUCAGAGCUACGGACACAAGCAGGUCUCAGGUCUUCAUGCCAAGAUCAACGAUGACUACAGUGAAUGUUUAAACAAAACAGGCUGUUGUAUAAAACAGGAGGAACAUCUUUAAUGAAAACAUCCUUAAUUCAAUGGAAAACUCCACUAAUCAAAUCUGUUCUUACAUACAGGCAGGGUAAAGACACAAGAUGCUGGCUUUAGGAGGAGCUAACAGAGGAGCAAAAAUCUGUCACACUGUGUGUUGACUGUUGUUUAACCCUUAUAUGUCCUAAGUGCUUUUUUGUGCUCAAACACCAGAAAUGUUAGAAAAUUAAAAGGUAAUUUAAGGGGUAAUGAAACAAAAAAUUCCUUUACUGUUUGUGAUUUAGACUAUUUCCCAGUGAACAUUAUGAUUUAAAGGCUAUUUUUUUAAUAUGACACUAAUUUUAUCCAGAAAUUGCAAAAAGUAAUUUUUUUCCAUUAGUAGUGUAGGUUCUUAUUGUCAUAAUGUCUGAAGUGAGGGGUUUAGUUUUCUGUAGUGAAGUGGCUUAAUGACCCAACAGAUGUGUACAAGCAGUAGAGCCAGAGAAAAUAUUCAGUUAUUAAAAACGUUUAAACAUUUUUACUAGCAUUCUUUUGACAAUAAAAGCAAAGGAUAAGUGAUUACAACAAUUAAGAAUAUAAAUUUUUUCUUGAUUAUGGUUGAAAUCACAAAGGCUUUAAAAUUUCUUUUAACUCACUGGGAAACAAAAACACGUCUUUAUGAGAAACCCAGAGAUCUGUGGAAAACUCUACAUUGCUACAAUCGGGAAUGAAUACAGAAAUAAUUAAAAUAAAAAUUCAUCAAUAUGACAAGAGAUUAAAAUAAAAAGAGAGAACCUGCAAAAAUGAAAUAGUAGCAAAUAAAUAAAUGAUUAUAUUUAUAAUAAUUAAAAAACAAUUAGAAUUCAGGUGAUAUAGUUUUAGGAAAUGAAAACAGAAAAGAGAAAUAAUCUAAAAAAUAAAAAAAUUUAAAACUGUAUUAUAAUUUUUUUAUAAAUUUCUAAAUAAAUAAAGCAAAAAGAAGAAAUACAUAUGUUGACACAGUGAAUUGAGAAAAAAACAUAAAUGUGCACCAUUAAUAUUACCAUUAUUUUUAUUGCUCCAUUAUUAUUAUUAUUAUUAUUAUUAUUAUUAUUAUUAUUAUUAUUGUUGUUGUUGUUGUUGUUGUUGUUGUUGUUGUUGUUGUUGUUGUUGUUGUUGUUGUUGUUGUUGUUGUUGUUAUUGUUAUUAUUAUUGUUGUUG